GACAAAACGAAAGAGAAAGUAAAUUGCUCGCAUGACGGUUUUCGGAAAUUAGAAUGAUUGUCCCGACGACGAGAUCAAACAUUAUGUUUUGGACUUCUGGCGGUGUUUUCCUUGCACUUUUAUGCGGUGUAAAUGGCUCACAGUCUCUUUAUGAUCUUCAGUGGCUUCCUUGUAAAUUUGUGGAUGAGAAAGUUCAUAUAAAUGAAGAAGGCCACAUAGAAACCAGUUAUAUCACCAGAAAGGCUGUGCUUCAAUUUGGAAAUGUCGGUGACAAGCCUUUACACCCUACCAUUACCUUCCUCGUCACAGCCUCUAAAGUGGAUAUGAGGCGUUAUUUGGAGGGAACUGAGGAUAAACUACAAUGUGAGAUCCGUAGAUACAGCAAUGGAGGGAUCGUAACGCGUUGGCCUACUGCAGGAGCACAAGAUCAUGACGUCUGGUUCACCAGUACAAUACGCCAUUCAGAAGGCUUGUUUGUAAUCACCACCUUCCUCAAACACACAACUGCAGCUCCUGCUGAAGGACAGUUGGACUUCCUGCAAUGGAAAACCAUCCAUGAUAGGGAUCUCCUGACAACAUCAGCUGUGAUGUUUGUUUUGACCCGGACUCCGUCCGUGGAGGUAGGAUUCUUGAAGGAGCCAAACCUGCACUGUCAGUUUGGAGUGGAUCACAAACUGCCUCAUGUAACGGUGGAGUGGAGACUGCAGAAGCAUGGGGAGCGCAGCAAACUCUUCAGCUAUUCCAGCCGCACAGGGAAGAGUGAAGGCGCUGGAGUGGCUGUCAAGACCAUCGCUGCUGGAAAUGCCUCCUUUAAAGUCCCACCCACCAGUAAACACAGUGAGGGCACAUAUAUCUGCUCUGUGGUGGUUGCUCCUCUCAGUGGCAGCCAUGAUAUUCCACUUACGCUAAGUGAACAACCCCGUGUGUCUAUAAACGUGGACUCCACCUUGUCUAUAAUACUUGGUAAGUACCAGAAGCUAAUAUGUGAUGCAGAGAGGUACUAUCCACUGGACGUAAACAUUGAGUGGUACCGUGAACCGCCUGGAGGCAGCCCUACACCUUCAACCCUGAAGAAUGUUCUGUUCUCCAGUCAUCAAAAUCAUAAAGAUGGCACAUACUCGCACUCAGCCUUCUUCUAUCUGCAGCCUAGCAUGAAGGACUCUGGAUAUGAGUACACCUGCAAAGUGUCCCAUAAGUCAUUGCGCACUCCCAUUCGCAAGAGCUUUUCCCUCAUAGUUACAGAUCCUGACUCUACCUUGUGGAAUAUCACAGCAAUUGGAUUCAUAAUUUCCAUGCUAGUAAUUCUUUGUUAUAUGCUCCCUCAGUAUCUUGGAGGAAGAAAAGCAGCAAUAAAGGUGAGAAUGAAUGUGGGAAUAACAUUUCUACCAAAAUCCUUUGUGCAGAUUUACAGGAACCCCAACUGUGUAUGACUGAAUAUGAUUAAGAUGAAUGGGCUCUCUAUACUGUAUGUUUGUGCAUGUGUGCGUCUGCGUGUACGUGUUUGUGUGUGUGUGUGUGUGUAAUUACUGACAUAUGUGGAAGUGUGAUGUAAGUGUGUCCGUCUUUUGCCAUAUGUCCAGUAUGUUUACCUUAUGUACAGCGUCAAGGAAACCGACAACACAUCCCUCCCUUCAUGUGUUUUUUUUUCUCCCCUCAUUCCUGCAGUUUUCUCCUGCUGCUGUAUUGGCGAAGGUCAGGUGCUGUUUAUGAGAAAAUGGGGAGUGUGUUGUGAGGUCUAAUUCCAAAUCUCAUGGUUUAUGUCCUUGUUUACUAAAGCUAAUAAAGGGAUCCCUUGUGAAAAAUAAAUAUACUUAAUUAUAUUUAAAAUAUUUAUUUCAUAAGUAUACUAAAAUAGAUUGACAUGGCUGCCCUAGUGAGAGAAAAAAGUAUACCAAGUAUACUUGCAGCCAGACUAAUUGUCAGUAUACUUAAAGUGUGUUAAUGAUUAGUUAACUUUAAAUGUGCUAUUUUGGAUAAACUAUGUUUGUACUAAGUGUAUUUUAGUUGUAAUAAAAUUAUA